AUGCAGCGUCGAUCCAUGCAGGGAUACAAGAGUUUCGGCCAAAGGGCCAAGCCAGAAAGACUGGCAUCGGCCAUCGUUCUCAGACUUUCAGAUGCAUCUAGCACGGGAGAACCAGAGACCAGCGCAACGCCAGGCGAAAUUGCUAGCGCAAGAUCUGUCAGGAUGUUCAAGCGGCACCCGCCAAUAGUUGGUAUAUUGGGUAAUUGGCUUCCCUUUUUGAGUCCAACGGGAGGCUUUUGUUACACGAUGGCAAGCUGGAUACGAAACAGUGGUACAGAGACGGCUUCCAACGUGCCAAAAGUGCCCGUCAGCAAGUCAAAUAGCAGCAUGCCCGUUGCGGGUAACGCUUCUUUUUGUGCUUCGGUUGUGCCGACGCGUGAUCGUCAACUAUCUCUUGAUGAGGGGAAGAAAUGUCUCUCCCAGAACUGUGUCGACAUCCACGCCCCACGGCUACAUGCAUGGUUUCCCGUGGUGACGUCGAAAUGCUUCGAGAGCGGGGGAUUUGGGCGUGUCUGGCGGUGGCUCAAUGGCAGCCACCGGGCGCAAGAAUCGGCCUUCAACAAUAUGGAGGGAAGUAAAAUUUCAUUCCCUCGUGUUGUUAGUGAUGCGCCGCUCCCUCCGACUCCUGGCGCUAGUACGCAAGCGCGAAGAUGGCUCUACCUGGAGAACGCUAAGAUGGUAUUAUGCUCUGCAAGUCGCAUCAUUGAUGGCUCAGCGGGUGGCUGGCGUGGAACUUUGUUGGCAUGGUUCACGAUGGUAGUCUUGAAUCCAUCUAAAUCAGGCUACUGUUUUGACGCUUCAAAUAACCUUGAGUCAUAUGAAGACACGGGAGCUUUUCCCGUUGGCUCACUUCUUGCGAGUCCGUCCGUUCUGAUUCCGCUUCUACGACUCAUGAGAAGGGCGAUGCUGCGGGUAGUGUGCAUCUCCCGUCUACCGAUAUUGCUACGGAUUGACCAGCUCUUAGUCCAUCUUAAGACGGACCGUGAGAUCAAGACAUUCUCUUUGCCGGACGUUCCGCAUCUUCCGGAGGCUGGUCCGUCGACACAGUUCGCUGACGGGUCUUUCGAGCUGGCAUCUGAGCAGCCAGAUCGAUCUGGAUCGAUAGUAAAAUGGAAUAGAUUGAUUGCGACUACAUAUGCCCGCCAUCCUUUCGUCUCGCCGUUGAAAUUUGCUGCUCAAAUGCCGCGAGGCGCAGGCCAUGACGCCGUUGGCGACAAGCCCGGCUGUGUAACAUGGGCAAAAUGGUAUAACGUGGGCAAUAUGGGACCGCCGAAAAGCAGGACUGUGGCGGAGGCUGUCGAGGUGUUACAAACAAUCACAUUCCCAAGCUUGAAAGAUCAUUUCCAAACUCUGAGUUGUCGACAAUCGAAAUCUGCUUCCCCAUCAUCAUCAUCGACCCGGGACACUAGAGCGCCGACUGCCAGCUCGGUAUCUCUGGAGAGUACCACAUGCGCCAAGUGCAUCCCAGACAUCGACUUCAUUGAUUUCAUCGGUGUCGACUCCCGCACUUUAUGCUUGAGGACCAUCCGGUGGCUUGCUCUAAAAUAG